CGCCAUCUACUGAAAGGUUGAAUAACUACGUUAUAUCGAGUAUUUACGUUCCCUGCACAUUUCAUCUCCAUCUUUGUGAUCGAUUACAAUAAGAGGUUAUAAAUAUGAGUAAUAUUUAUAUCCAAGAACCGCCUACAACGGGGAAAGUGAUAAUGAAAACAACAGUUGGUGACAUAGAUCUAGAAUUAUGGACAAAAGAGGCUCCCAAGGCUUGCAGAAAUUUUAUACAGCUUUGCAUGGAGGGUUAUUAUAAUGGCACAAUAUUUCACAGAAUUGUAAAAGGCUUCAUAGCGCAAGGUGGAGAUCCAACAGGAACAGGAGAAGGUGGUGAAAGCAUAUACGGACAUCCUUUUAAGGAUGAGUUUCACACAAGGUUACGUUUUUGUCGAAGAGGAUUGCUUGCUAUGGCUAAUGCUGGCAAAGAUGACAACGGUUCGCAAUUUUUCUUCACACUUGGUGCAACACCUGAGUUACAAAAUAAACACACUAUCUUUGGUAAAGUUACUGGUGAAACAGUUUAUAAUAUGCUCAAGUUAGAAGAUGCACUUGUAGAUGAAAAUGAUAGACCUCAGUAUCCACAGAAAAUAUUAAAAACGGAAGUUUUAAAUAAUCCAUUCUCAGAUAUUGUUCCAAGAGUAUCUGAAAAGAAAGAAGACAAUAAAGAAAGAAAAAAGGAUAAGAAAACUGGUGUAAAGAAUUUUAAAUUAUUAUCAUUUGGAGAGGAAGCUGAAGAAGAUGAAGAGGAGUCAUCGGUUUUAAAUAAACAAUAUAGUGGCAAAGGAAAAUCAGCACAUGAUUGUUUAUCUGAUCCAAAGUUAAGCUCACAAUCCGUAAUUGAACCAGCUGAACCACUAAAUAAAAAAAUUAAAGAAGAUCGGAGUAGCGAUUGGGAGAGUGAUGAUGAAACACGUACUCCGGAAGAAUUGGCUGCUUUAAAAAAAGAGAAAGAAGCUAUGAAAGAGAGAAUCAAGAAUAAAUUGAAGGAUUCUAAAAAGAUUUCCCAAUCGAAGCCUGAAAUUAAGGAUGAUAUAACAAAAGAUGAAAAUAUAAACGAAGAUGAGGAAAGUGACACAUAUUAUUUGGGAAAAGACCGAGAAGAAGAGCGGAAGAAAAAAGCCGAAGCAAUAAGGAAAGAAAUACGAAAUCUAAAGCGCAGCGUACAAAACGAGAAAAAAGCGAAAGAAAUAGAUCGAAAACAACAAACUGAAAAGGAAGAGAGUAAAUCUGAAAUAAUGAAAGAAUAUAUGGAAACACAAGAAAAAUACAAAAAGGAGAAAGCAAAAUUACCAAAGACGGGUAAAAUACGCGAAGAUUUUACAAUGGAAUUGUUGAACAAAUUUAAAAAUAAACUUCAUAAUGCCAAGGAGCACACGAAGGAUACUUUGAAUUCUGAUAAGAAAACAUCGAAAGAUACUGAAGAUGAUGAUCCGCAUGAUGAAUCUUGGUUAACACAUGCUUUGCAUUGUGAGGAAAAAGCACCGGUACUUGCCAAAGAUGCCAGUACGAAGGACGACGAUUGGUUCGAGAUUUACGAUCCUCGAAAUCCUUUGAACAAACGACGAAGGGGAGAGAAAUCUUACAAAUCCAAAAAUGACAAGGAUAGUAGAAAUUAUUCUCGAUAUAAGAGUGAUUUAUAAUUUCUAUUAUGUAUCAUAAUUAAUCAUUUUUAAUUAUUUAAACAAUGGAAGAAUAAGUGUAUAUAGAAAUUAAAAACAAAUUAUAAACAAAUUAUGCUAAUAAAAUAUACUUUUUUUAAAAAAUGUUUAUCGGUCUUGGAUUAAGAAUAUAUCAGUUAGUUAGGAAGAUAUACACAGCUUUUGCAAUGUUAAUAAUUUAAAACAUUGGAUUUUUGUUCUCAUUUGAUAAAUUGAUAUCAAUGAAAUAAUUUUGUCGUCCGAGUGCUAAUUUUAUCUUACGCGCUGUAUUUUGUACGUUCGGUUCGAAAUUGCUGACUUGUUCGUUCAUUGUCAAUAACAUGUUUGUUGAAUGUACGUGUGAAAGAAGAGAGAAAAAGAAGGAAGAGAAAGAGAGGGAAGAGAGAAAGAAGAUCGUUGUUUAAGAUUUCGGAAUUUAUUUCGAAAAGCGAAUAGAUUGCUUCAGCAACUCCAUGUCAUCAUGUCUCAUACGCAACAAUUUACAAAGGUAUUACAUGCGAGUGCUGUGCAAAUAGACUGUCAAUCGGAGCUUGUUUGAUUCGCGUGUAUUAAAGCGCGAUAAGACGCUUGAUACAAAGCGUCGAAUCUGUUCAUUCACAGAUUCAGUCGAUCUGUCGGAGGCGACCGAUGCGCAUCGCGCGUUUUUUCUUUCGUAUGAUUUCGUUAUACUUAGGUUGAAUGCAAUUAGCGCAUCUCACUGCGGCGAAAAUAAAAAAACUUUUAGAUAAAUAAUUCUUAUAAGGAGCAACAUUCUUAAAGUUUUUUUCUCAUCAAGAAAAAUUGAUAAUUUUGAUAAUUGGCUCGAGUGUAGAUUAAUACGAGAAGUCGAGAAAACAGUUUUAGCAGAAUUGAAAUUUCUUACGUGUGUUAAAUUCGGUGCGUUAAACUUGACAGAUGUGACAUCACAGGAGAGGCGAGAGCGGAAUUGGCAAAUUAAAAUUGUCGCUUACAAGUGAUUUAAUAUCAUAUAACAUGAUCGACUGCAAAAAGUAUGUAUCUUCGCAGUGAAUGCGCCUUUUAGAGAGGAUCCAUUUGGAUGCAUCCGUCUGUCUGGGAGGGAAACGUGACCGCACAUUUUCCUGUAUUUCCGUAUCCUGAAUCCUGAGCGAGUCACACGCCUAUGCCGCGAUCUUUUGAAGAAAAUGUCAACGACGCCUUUAAGAAUAGGUAUCUACAUCUCUCGUUAGAGAUUUCCGCUGAUGAUUCGUUGUUUUUCCAUUUGUUAUCGCUGCGACCGAACGAUAGUGCAUCGUGGAAACAAUGUACAGAAACAGAGUUGUCACCGCGUAUAAAAUGCGCAACGCGUCGUUUUAUUGAUUUUUCCGAUGUAUCCUGAACGACGAUAACAUUUUUUUUUAUAUUUGCAUUUUGCAAGACGUUACGUUAUGACGUUUGCUCCUUUUCUAGAGGGGUUUCGCAGAAAUACUGUGUUCCUCUCUUUGUUUAGUCGUAAACGAAAUUUUACAUUCUCUCUAUCGAAUUAAAAGGUAGGUAGAAUUAAAUGGGAAACAUUUUCAAUUGUUCAUUGUAAAAUAAAGGGAUAAAAAUUUGCGGGUAUCUCGUGUCGGCAUUUUUCAAUGAUAGAUAUGUGAAUUUUUGCAGUGCAAACGUUGCGUUCAAUAAUCAGCCGCAGCUGUAUAGCAAUGAGAGAAAAAGUUGCCUUCAAAAAGGCGGCACUUCAUUCAUUCAUUCACUGUAAUCGCGCAUUCUUCUUUAAUGUAGUUCAUUUGAUCGUAACAGCACAGAAGCCGCCUUCGUGAGACAGAUUGAUUUUUAUUUUUAAAUUUCCCCGACUUGGCUCUUCUCUUUGGCCGCUGCAAUUUCAGUGGCACGUGUAUAUUUUCACGGAUGACUCUUUCUUUCCAUAAAAACAUAAAGCGCACAACACAAUAUAAGCCAACAGUCAAGCUAUAUUUCUUCCUAUAAAUUUAUUUCAAGGCGAAGCUGCGACGCAAAAUUAUCUGGAUAUAUCUAGAAAUUAUAUUUACAUCCAGAAAUUUCUUUAUAUUACGCUACGUUACAAAUAUACAUUCACCACAAAUAAAUUCGUCGACAACGAAUGGAAAUUUAAAUAUCAAUUACCAUUUAAAUUACACUCCGUUUACCAUACAAAAUUUCGAUGAUAAAAGUACGGUCGCUUGGACCGUCAAUUAGUCAAAAUGUAUAAACAUAUUCUCUCUUUAUGUCUUUUUCAUCUGAAUUAAACGUGAAAUAACUACCAUUAAUCGUAUUAUUUCUCGAUAAUGAGAGAAACUGUUCUAGCAUAAACUGUGUUUUAAUUCUUAUGACGCUUUGUUUGCACAAGUCGUCUGGGUAAAUAAUGAUCUCCCUAUCUAACGACAUACUACUUCAUAAAAAAAAAAAA